GUAGUGAUGUGUGGCAGCAGACUGAGAGGUCUCUGUUCAGUAAAGCGUUGACGGCCCACGGCAAAGACUUCUCUCUCAUCCAACAAAUGGUGCAGACUAAGUGUGUGUCUCAGUGUGUGGAGUUCUACUAUCUCUCCAGGAGACUUCCUGACAAACAGAGAAAACAGAGGGAGCGGGAACAGACGAGUGUGGUGUCCCUCCCCAAACCUAUGGAACAGGUGGUACCAGCCCCGUCAUUGGCUACCAGCUUCCCCUGUAAGCAGUGUGGAAAGAUGUUCUAUAAGAUAAAGAGUCGUAACGCCCAUAUGAAGAUCCAUAGGCAGCAGCAGGAUGACUGGAGACACCCAGGCCUUGUCAUCAACCUAGCCCAGAACGUCACCCCCAACCUGGGAACCAAUCUACCCCAGCUCCAGGCUUCAGGUCGGGCCUACCUCCCAGGCCCCAUCAACAACAACAACAGCAACCACCACACUGGUGGUGCUCACACCAUCAUCAUCAACAACAACACCAACAACAACAUCAGUGAUCCAAACAUUCCAAACACCAAUAACAUGACCAAUAGCAACAGUGUCAGCGUCAUCGACUCCACUCCUAAUCAGAGAGGACACGCCCCCCUCCUCUCUGUCCAGCAAUCGUGGGACUUGUUUCAGUUGAACUCUAAUCCUGCGGCAGGGUUCUACUAUGACCCGGAAGUGAAAGGAGCCCUGGGGGUCACGGUGGGAGGGGUGAAAGGUCAAGUCCUCUGGCAGUAGAGUUCUGGAAUCAGAAUGAAUAGAACUGACAUGUACAUUCACAUUUUGCACCAUGAAAAGCAUUUAAAAUAUAUAAAUAUAGUGAGAAAAUCUGUAAAUGAUGUUUAGUACCUACUUAAAUGUUUUGAAUUUCAAUUUUUAUUAAAAUGGAUUUUUGUA